UUGUUGCAGGGGCAAAGAGACUGCGGAGUUCGACAGCUGCUGAAAGAACGGGAAGGAGGAGUGGACGGUGGAAGUUUUUAGAGAAUAACUAUCCAUUUUUUUUUCAACAAAAACAACGACUACGCACUUUAACAGCUUUAUUUCAAAACUUUGAAAUCUGACACGCAUCUGUUGAACACUAAAGAGAAGACAAACAUGCCUGAAGUCUUUGCACCAAUAGAGGCUGGAAGUAUACCUCCGUCCCCAGUGGACAGCAGUCCCAGAAGACUGUCCUGGGGGAAACUGGUCCAAAGACUGGCUGAUUUCAGCACAAACGACAGCAGCAUUGAAUCAGGGUCCAAUAAUGGCAGCAGGAGUGAUCUUUCAGACUCAGGCUCUGAUGUCUUCAAUGAUCUGUGUCCUGUGAACGAUGACCUUUUCUUUGACCCAAUGGAGGAAGCAAUCCUGAAAGAAGUAGUGGACCUCAUUGCACGGAGCCUAAGGGAGGCCAAAGACUCAGACUGUGCGUUGAGAUGUACCAAGCUGCUCAUUCCAGAGAAACUUCUGGAGCACAUCGGACAGGAGCUCAUCCACCUGGCAGCUAGCGAGCCCUGCGGUUUAAGAGGGGCUCUCAUCGACCUCUGCGUGGAGCAAGGGGCCGCCUGCGAGAGCAUAGGACAGCUAUCCGUGGACCCUUAUCUCGUCCCCACAUUUCAGCUCACUCUGGUGCUGAGGCUAGAGUCGGGCGGGCUGUGGCCUAAAAUCCAGGGACUGUUCAGCUCCAAGUCUCCUUCCACUCCAGCUCCGAGACAAGCUAUAAAACUUAGCACUGGGUUCCGCGUGAUUAAAAAGAAACUGUAUUCUUCUGAAGGGCUGCUCAUAGAGGAAUGUUGAAUGGACAGGGGGG